AUGCUCGCGCUGACGCGGCUGCAGAAGGUGGAGGACAGGGCGGCCUUCGAGGCGCUGGACCAGUCCGGCCUGCCUCUGGCAGCGAUGGCAGGGGACGCGGCGCCGCUGCUGUGGGCGGCGCAGCGGCUGGCCGCGCCGCUCGCCGACGGCCUGCGGCAGCUGUUUGCCAAUGCGGCGCCGACGGGGCGCCUUGAGCGGCCGGACCUGUUUUUGGGGUGCGUGCUGCGGCUUGCGCAGGACCUGGGGCCCCGCCUGGACUUCUUGCAGGCAAGCCUUCAUAGCGUCAUGGAGGCGUCCGACUUCCACGGGCACUACCACAUAUCGGCCGAGUUUGCGCGCGCCCUGCGGGAAGCUGCCAAGCAGCUGCUGCGGGAGGAGAAGCUGCCGGCCCUCGCGGCGGCGGCGGACAGGGAGCUGUGGCUGACCUGGGUGGACAGCCUCAUAGGCUUCGAGGUCAAGAUGGCGGCGCCGCUGGGGAUCAGCAGCCCCCUGGCCCAGCGCCGCGGGGACGUCCCGCUGCCCCUGCUGCGGCAAAGCACGCUCAGCGUGCUCGGGGAGCGCCCCGAGUGGAUGGAUGCGUGGUUGUCUGCGGAGUCGGCCGCCGCCCACAAGGCGCUGCAGGGGCUGCUCUACAGCCCCACCUCCUGGGACCCCGCGCCCUCGCUGCGGGCUGAGGACUGGCCGGCGUGGCGGUGCGAGUUCUACCCCCCUGUGGCCGCAGAGUCUGUGGUCGCCCUGCUGGCUGGCCAGCUCAUGCCGCGCGUGCGCUACAUCCCGCAGCCAGAGGUGCCCCACGCGCCCGCGCGCGCGCGCGUGUGCGCGCGGCGAAGCGGGGACGGCUGGGUGCACGGCCGCGGCGCGGAGAGGGCGGGCGCGGCGCGCUCGGAGCCUUGUCCUGCACAGGCUGCGCCUGCUAGAAAAAAAGCUGCUGAGUGA